AUGCAAGGCUCUUUUUAAGAGAAGGAAGCUCUAGCUGACAUAUUUAGUUAAGUUAAGAAUGUAGAUGAAGAUAUCUUUGGAGUCAUAUUAAAAAUAUUAAGAAAGGAAAGAGUUUAAGAUUGUAUUGGAUAUCUUUCUGAUAAUAGAAAUCAAAUAAAUUUAGAAUAAUAAAUCUUACAACAAAUAGAGAAUAUCACCCAAGCUGAUGCGGAAUAAAAAUUGUCUUUUAUUUCAAAUGACAUGAAAUAAAUUACAGAUGUAUUAAAAAAUUUAAAAGAUCAUGAAUUCAAUUUGAAAGACUAUUCCUCAUAAGCAUUUUAAGAGAUUAAAAAGGAACUGAUGAGUAAGAUAUAAGGUGAGAAGAACAUGAUUGAGUUAUUAAAAUUCUUAGUCCAAAUUACAAGUAUAGAUGAUCAAUUCAUCUAAUGUGGAUCCAAUUCACUUCAUAUGUUGGUGAUGAUGAAGAUAGAUAUGAGAAACUAAUCAUUUGAGAAUAUCAGGAUGAAGAAUACUUCUUUGAUUGGUGGUAACUUUGUUAGAUGUAAUAUGAAUGGAUCAGAAUUUGAGAAUGUGGAUAUUAGCGGAGUCAAUUUUAAUGG